CCAACUGAUAAUAGUUCUGAGGAGAAGAGAGCACAUAGUGAAACUAAAAUGGCGGUUUCUAGGGACUUUGGCAUCUCCGCAGCAUUGGGUUCUUGUCCUUUUAAGCACCGUCUGGGAAGCUCGUUCCAACCUCCUAAGGUAAACUUUAAGGGUUGUUAUGGUGGAAUUGUCGGUAACACAUGGGAGAUGAGUCGGAUGACACAAUCAUCGUGCUUAAAUACGGAAGGAUACAAGUCUAACUGCCACUAUAACCAGUCGUUGGGGAUCGCAGAAGACAGUGAAUUUAAUGUUGAACUUGUAAGCCUAGAAACAGAAGGGUUUCUCCUUGACGCUAUCAACAUGAGCUUCUUCAAGCGUUUGAACUUGGCAUGGAAGAUAAUGUUCCCUUCACCAUUGACUAGAAGAAGUUCCAAUGCAAGGAUUGCCAAGCAACGGUUACAAAUGAUCCUGUUAUCUGAUCGAUGUGCAGUAACCGAUGGUGCAAAGCAGAAGAUUGUGAGCAACAUUGUGAGCACUCUAUCUGAUUUUGUGGAGAUAGACUCAGAGGACAAAGUCCAGCUUAGCGUCUCAUCAGAUUCAGAAAUGGGUACUGUGUACUCUGUUACAGUUCCUGUUCGGCGCGUGAAGCUUGAACAUCAAGCUGUGGAUGAGCUCAAUGUCAUGACAAAUGCUGAGACAGCUGAGUACAAGGACACCAGGAUAUCAUCAGAUUCUGCUGAUGUUACCUUUGAUUUCCACCUCCCUAACAAGUCUUAGUAAAAUCCAUGCUCAUUGACCCUUUUACUCAAGUAGAUAACCAAGUUGUUUGGUACUCAAGGAUCAAAAUUUUGAGAUGUAAUUUGUAAAUGUAAGCUCUUGCUUUGUAGGUAGCUUUAACUAGAGAGUGGUGUAGCUACUAGCCUACUAGCUAGUUAGUUCAUA